AUGGCGUCACUCCCAAGUUAUACUGUCGCUGGGAGGACCCGAUCGUCUGAUGGCGUCACGUCCAAUAGCGAUGAUACAACUACGUUUGAUAGCACCUCAUCCCAGACCAACUCGAGUGAGGACACCGAGACCGUAUUCUUAAACAAAGCCGCUUCAACUCCAAGCGCUCUCGAAAAUGCGACUCAGGUCACCGACAAGGCUACUGGACGACACACGGAUAUCGAGGAACCCCGCAAAUGUUGGAUUUGCUACACCGACGAGACAGAGGACUCGCCACUGAAUUUAGAAUGGCGAUCUCCAUGCCCAUGUGCCUUGACAGCGCAUGAGGCUUGUCUGCUUGAUUGGCUUGCAGAUCUUGAGAACCCUCGCUCCCGCAGGCGAAAUGGUGACGCCAAAAUGCAGUGCCCUCAGUGUAAAUCCGAGAUUGUCGUCACGCGGCCACGAAGCUACAUCGUUGACUCUUUGCGUAUGAUGGAGAGAGUGGCGGGACGGCUCGUCCUCCCGGGGAUGGUUUUCACGGUGGCGGGCACAGUGUGGGCAGGCUGCUGCGCGCAUGGUGCGUACUCGAUGCAUCUUGUAUUUGGUUCGGAAGAGGCCAGGCAUAUUCUUGAGGACAGUGUUGAUGGCCCUUGGAACCCUGGAAUGAACCUCGGUCUACCCCUCAUCCCGCUCGUCCUGAUCUUUUCUCGCACUCGUUACGCCGAGGGCCUUCUUCCGGCGAUUCCCGUCCUAUUCUUCGCUGCGCACAGCCCGGGUCAAGAGCCCGACCUCGAUCUUUGGCCGCCUACACCGGCGAUGACUUUCGCUGCUCUGCCAUAUGUGAAAAGCUUCUAUGGUGCGCUGUACGAUCGCGUGUUCGGUGCACUGGAGCGUAAAUGGAUCGCAGAGGUACAACCUCGCGCAGCCGAAGACAUUCUGGAUGAUGCACAGCAGCAGGACCAAGCGGAGGGACUGAAUCGAUUUGGCGACAAUGCUAAUGGUCAAAUUCUCAUGGAGAUUGAUCUCGAGUUACAGGUAGGGAUGGGCAAUGACGACGAGCUUGUCGGUGCUCCAGCUCUUCCCGCUGCCGAUAACAACGAUGGCGCUGACAUAGGCGCCCAGGACGGACAAGCUCAAGGCCAGCCCGCAGGCCAGAACAACGGACAGGGAAUGGAUCUAGGCCGACGUCAAAACGAAAUCAUUCACGACACCGGAAACCUCACCGAUAUUGUUCUCGGAGCUCUCGUGUUCCCGGCUAUCUCUGCAUCGGUGGGUGGCCUUCUGAAAUAUGUCCUCCCUAAAUCUUGGACCACGCCAUCUUCGGUUUUGGAGCGCAGCCGCCCCGGACUUCUCCAAACUCGUUGGGGCCGUAGCGUCGUCGGCGGCUGUAUGUUUGUGCUGCUGAAAGACGCACUUGUUCUCUAUUGCCGGUGGAAGCUGGCCCAAACACACCGGCGGCGCAAGGUUCUGAAUUACGAGCGGUCCAAGGCCAGAAAAGGGACAUCGAAGCGGUAA